AUGCAUCUCACGCCCGAGGCCAUCAUUGGCAUCAUAGCCCUCGUUCUUGCUCUCCCGCCCGUCCUCAUAAUCCUAUGGCGCUGGCGCAAGUCGACAUGGCGCGCGUCAUUGCCCGUCACUGAAGGGCAGUUUGCGCCACGCCACUCCUGGCAGCUGCCACUGCUACCACCACCGUCGCCGCCGCCGUCGUCGUCGUCGUCGUCGUCGUCGUCGUUCUUCAAUAUUACCCGCGCACUUCAUAGCCAAUACCCCACGACCCGGCUUCACGAGCACGAGCAACAAGAGUUUUUUUACGUGGCUGUAUAUCAAGGUUCUACUUGGCGUUCUCCCGAGCAUCCCUCGCACAGACAGAAUAGUACAGACGGUCGAUGGCAGUAA